GACAAAUAUAAACAGUCAGCCCCUGCUACGGCAAAACACACCGCUCCAUUUCAUUCAUUCAUGUGCUCGGCUCGUUACCGUGCGGUCAGGAAAGUUACUGUUCGUGGCUUGUGGCACGUCUAUUCUCCCCGUCGUGUGUAUGUGUGCUGAAGGGACCAGUUUAAAACGUGGAUCGACUCGGUUAAGGAAAAACUCUAAUCCAAGUUGUUUAUUCGAUCUUCGCUACGAUUAGAGCAAGGAUUUUUAUUUCCCUAUAAACAUCGAAGACAUUGUAUCGAUUCAUAUUACUGCAAUCGAAGACUCGAAUAGAAAAAUGGAUACUUCCUUGACAGCGAAGCAGAUUCGGGAUAUUUUCCUGAAUUUCUUCAAGGAGAAGGAGCAUCUGUAUGUGCACUCGUCCUCGACGAUCCCGCUGGAUGAUCCGACUCUGCUCUUUGCUAACGCCGGGAUGAACCAGUUCAAGCCCAUUUUCCUGGGAACCGCCGAUCCGAACAGCGAUAUGGCCAAAUGGGUUCGCACAGCCAACACCCAGAAGUGCAUCCGUGCCGGUGGCAAGCACAACGAUUUGGACGAUGUCGGAAAGGAUGUUUAUCAUCAUACGUUCUUCGAGAUGUUGGGAAAUUGGUCGUUUGGAGAUUAUUUCAAGAAGGAAAUUUGCACAUGGGCUUGGGAGUUGUUGACCGAUCGGCUGAAGCUGCCGAAGGAUCGCUUAUACGUGACGUACUUUGGUGGUGCACCGGAAUCUGGUUUGGAGCCGGAUUUGGAAUGUCGCGAGAUUUGGUUGAAGCUGGGCGUUAAGGAGGAGCACAUUCUGCCGGGAAGCAUGAAGGAUAACUUCUGGGAGAUGGGAGAGACUGGCCCGUGUGGACCGUGCUCGGAGUUGCACUUCGAUCGUAUUGGAGGUCGCAGUGUUCCCGAGCUGGUCAAUAUGGAUGAUCCGGAUGUGCUUGAGAUAUGGAACUUGGUGUUCAUCCAGUUUAAUCGGGAGCAGGAUGGAUCCCUGAAGCUGCUUCCCAAGAAACACAUCGACUGUGGAAUGGGUUUCGAGCGAUUGGUUUCGGUUAUUCAGGACAAACGAUCGAACUACGAUACGGAUGUGUUCGUGCCGUUGUUUGAAUCGAUACAGAAGGGAACAGGUGCUGCAGAUUACAAAGGACGCGUUGGAGCCGAUGAUGUGGAUGGUAUUGAUAUGGCUUACCGUGUGCUAGCCGAUCAUGCUCGUACCAUAACGAUUGCCCUCGCUGAUGGCGGCUUUCCGGAUAACACCGGUCGGGGCUACGUGCUGAGACGAAUUCUGCGUCGCGCGGUGCGUUACGCAACCGAAAAACUCAACGCAAAGCCCGGAUUUUUCGCGACGCUUGUGGAUACUGUUGUGCUCCUCCUGGGGGAUACUUUCCCGGAAGUCAAGAAGGACCCACAACAUAUCAAGAACAUCAUCAACGAAGAGGAGCAGCAGUUUUUGAAGACGCUGACGCGUGGUCGUAAUCUGCUGAAUCGCACCAUCGCCAAGCUGGGUGACAGCAAGAUCAUUUCGGGUGACGUUGCCUGGCGUCUUUACGAUACGUACGGCUUCCCUGUGGAUUUGACUCAGCUGAUGGCCGAGGAGAGAAACAUGAGCAUUGAUAUGGAAGGGUAUGAAAAGGCCAAACAUCAGUCCUAUAUUCUGUCACAAGGCAAGGAAAAAUCUAAGACGGCGACCGUUGAUCUGGAUGUGCACGCAAUCUCCGAGCUACAGGAGAAAAAGAUUCCCGUCACGGACGAUUCCUUCAAGUACCGGUAUAAGGCCGAGAGCAUCGAUCCAUUAGCGCAAUAUAUCUUCGAAGAAUGCAGCGGAAAGGUGCUUGCUCUACGAUAUAACAAUGAAUUCGUCGAGGAGAUCCAGACCGGACAGGAAUGUGCUGUGAUUUUGGACAAAACCAACUUCUACGCGGAGAGCGGUGGACAAAUUUACGACCAGGGAUAUUUAGUUAAGACCAGCGACGAGAGCACCGAGUUCAACGUGAAUCUGGUCUACAAUCGGGGCGGAUACAUUCUGCACAUUGGAGUCGUCGAAGGAACGCUGCACGUUGGGGAUGAGGUCGCAUGCCACAUGGAUGUCACCCGCCGACAGCUAACGAUGAAAAACCAUUCUGCUACUCACGCUCUGAACCAUUCGCUGCUGAAGGUGCUCGGACAGGAUACAGACCAACGGGGUUCUCUGGUUGUUCCCGAGAAACUGCGGUUUGAUUUUACCAACAAAUCUGCGAUGACGAUCGAACAGGUCGCAGAGGCGGAACGGCUCACCCGGGAGGUGGUCAAGAAGAAUGUACAGGUUUAUGCUAAAGAAGCCAACCUCGCCGUGGCAAAGUCCAUCAACGGGUUGCGAUCAGUUUUCGAUGAAGUCUACCCGGACCCGGUGCGUGUCAUCUCGUUUGGUGUCCCUGUGGAAGAGCUCGAAACUCAUCCAGAGGGUAUAGCCGGAACGGAAACCUCGGUCGAGUUUUGUGGUGGAACUCAUCUGCAUCAAUCUGGUCACAUUGUGGAUUUUGUCAUCGCCACUGAGGAAGCAAUCGCCAAGGGAAUUCGUCGGAUUGUCGCUUUGACCGGUCCAGAGGCGGUUAAGGCCCUCAAGAAAACCGAACUGCUAGAGAAUGAAAUGAACGCACUAAAAUCGAUUAUCGAAGCCGAUAAGACCGGAAAGGAUUCCAAAGAGCACGUGAAGAAGAUCGUUGAACUAUCCGAAGACGUUUCUCAAGCGGUUGUUCCGUAUGUGAAAAAAGAUGAAAUCCGAAAUGUGUUGAAAUCGCUGAAGAAGACACUUGAUGACAAGGAACGCGCCGCCAGAGCAGCGGUUGCCACCACCGUCGUAGAAAACGCAAAAGAAUUGUCUUUGGCAAACAAGGACGCACCAUUCCUGGUACACCGAUUGGAGGCCUUCAACAACACCAAAGCGCUCGAUUUGGCGCUGAAGGAAGUGCGCAAAAUUAAUGCCGAGCAGUCGGCCCUGUUUGUGUCUUCCGAUCCGGACACGAAAAAAAUCUUCUGUCUGGCAUCCGUCCCCAAAUCUGCCGUCGAAAAGGGCCUUAAAGCGAACGAAUGGAUUUCGCACAUCUCACCCAGCCUGGGAGGCAAAGGCGGUGGCAAACCGGAAUCUGCACAAGCAUCUGGUGCUAACUACGACAAGGUGGAGGAGAUUCUUGAGCUCGCACGAAAGUUUGCCGCCUCGAAGUUGUCGUAAGCAUCCGUCGGAGCAUACAAAUAGAAUUCCGGGAGAGCAUUUCUGAUUGAAUGAUUAAGUUUACACACAUUGGCAUAUCGAGAAUUCAUGCAUUUGCUUAAAACUAUCGUUAAUUUAUUCCCGUUUCACUUUAGUGACUUUGAAAGGCACGCUUGGUAUUGAAGCUCUUGAAAUCAAAUAAAAACUUGUGUUCCGGCUCGUAAA